GGUGUCUAAAACAAAGCCGUUUGGCUUGCACAAACACAGGCGUCACGAGACCACGAAUCGCCUAUCUGCAGCAGCGCAUGGAAAAAAAAAAAAAAAAACAGUGUGGGCGCACACACGCACACACAACUACACAGCUGAUCGUGAAUGAUUUAAAGCUUUUUGCAUCGUUGUCCCCUCCCUCCCAAGCAGCACUCCUCCUCUCCCUCCCCUUUUUCCCUCCUCUUCCUCCAGCCCAGAGAUGCUGCUGCUGAUGCGGGCAUCGUUUCAUCCACCCAUGCCGCAGUGAUGCAGCAGCUGGUGUGUUGUUGUCUUCCCCAUCACCAGCGCAAGCGGCGACGUCGGACGCACGCCUCACCUUGACCGGACAGGAGGUUCAUUGGAGUGCGGGAAGACAGGGGUGGAACAUUUUUGCAUGCGGGGGCUGUCCAACCAUGUUGGGACCAAAGAUCAAGUGAACCCUGACAGCAUAGUAAUUUCAUCUUCAGAAUAAUACAAGCACCAAAGAAAGACCAUCUUGGACUCUAAAGUGUCGGCAUGAGCGCCCUGGCUGGAAAGCUGGACCCCCGUCGGGUUCACUGGGGAGCCAUGUGGCAUACUUUUACAUCCCGAGUCCUGAGGACCAAGCCUGUAGAGUCCAUGCUGGACUCGGCCAUGUCUGGAACAGGCCCGCAUGGUACCCGGCUGGCCCGUGUGCUGUCUACCGUGGACCUGGUGUCGCUGGGCGUGGGGAGUUGCGUGGGCACAGGAAUGUACGUGGUCUCGGGCCUGGUGGCCAAAGAAAUGGCCGGCCCUGGCGUUAUUGUGUCCUUCAUUAUCGCCGCCGUGGCCUCCAUUUUGUCAGGAGUGUGUUACGCUGAGUUUGGCGUGCGCGUGCCAAAGACCACCGGCUCGGCCUACACUUACAGCUAUGUAACGGUGGGUGAGUGUGUGGCCUUCUUCAUCGGCUGGAACCUUAUCCUGGAGUACCUGAUUGGCACGGCGGCGGGCGCCUCGGCCCUCAGCAGUAUGGCCGACUCGCUGGCCAACCACAGCAUUAGUGGCUUCAUGAUCUCGCACGUCGGAACCCUAAACGGCUUUGGUAAAGGAGAGCAGUCGUAUCCAGACCUGCUUGCAUUGCUCAUAGCGCUGUUGGUGACGGUGAUCGUGGCGCUGGGGGUGAAGAACUCAGUGGGUUUCAACAAUGUAUUAAAUGUCAUCAACCUGCUGGUGUGGCUCUUCAUGAUGGUGGCCGGGCUCUUCUUCAUUAAUGGGAGCAACUGGGACGACGGCAGAUUCUUGCCCUUCGGCUGGUCGGGGGUGAUGCAAGGCGCGGCCACGUGCUUCUACGCUUUCAUUGGCUUCGACAUCAUUGCCACGACGGGCGAGGAAGCCAAAAGUCCCAACACGUCCAUCCCGUACGCCAUCACGGCCUCACUCGUCACGUGCCUCACGGCGUACGUGUCGGUGUCGGUCAUCCUGACCCUGAUGGUCCCUUACGACGAGAUCGACGCUGACGCCCCCCUAAUGGAGAUGUUCGCCAUGCACGGCUGCAUGUUCGCCAAGUACAUUGUGGCGGUGGGCUCCAUAACAGGCCUCACCGUGUCGCUGUUGGGCUCACUCUUCCCCAUGCCCAGGGUCAUCUACGCCAUGGCGGGCGACGGCCUGCUUUUCAAGUUCCUGGCCCAUGUGUCUUCCUACACAGAGACCCCCGCUGUGGCAUGUGUGGUGUCUGGCUUUCUGGCUGCUCUCUUGUCCUUGCUAGUCAGCCUCCGAGACCUCAUAGAGAUGAUGUCCAUCGGCACACUGCUGGCCUACACCCUGGUGAGCCUGUGUGUACUCCUACUGCGUUAUCAACCAGAGGGCGACAUCCACGGCUUCGUCAACUUCCUGUCCGAGGAGCAGAACGGCAAAAGAAAGGAAGGUGUCCUUGCCGAGUGCGAGAAGGAUGCCCGUUCGCCAGGCCGUGACGACGCCGACGACACCACCAACACUUGCGGCGCCAAAAACCUGCCGUCGCUGGGCGACAACGAGAUGCUAAUCGGCAAGCCCGACAAGAAUGCUUAUGCCGCUGGGCACCCCAACUACGGCACCGUGGACAUGGGCAGUGGUAUCGAAGCCGAAGAAUCGGAGAGCGGCGUCACGCGCCGACUCAAGAAACUGCUAGGGCCUCGAUACUACACCUUAAGAAUUCGACUGGGCCUGCCUGGGAAGAUGGACCGACCCACUGCCGCAACGGGGAAGACCGUCACCGUGUGUGUGCUGCUGCUCUUUAUCUUCAUGUUCGCCUUCUGCUCUUUUAUCAUAUUUGGGGCGGGCUUCAUCGGAGAGGGUCGCUGGUGGGCUGUGCUCCUCCUGAUUUUGUUGGUGGUGGUCCUCACCCUGUUGGUGGUCAUCAUCCUGCAGCAGCCGGAGAACCCCAAGCGGCUUCCCUACAUGGCGCCUUGCGUGCCCUUUGUGCCCGCUUCAGCCAUGUUGGUUAACAUCUACCUCAUGCUCAAACUAUCUGCCAUCACCUGGAUACGGUUUUCAAUAUGGUGUCUUGUGGGUGUACUGAUUUACUUUGGCUACGGCAUGUGGAACAGCACCUUGGAGAUCACGGCUCGAGAGAACGAAGCGCACGCGUCCACCUAUCAGCGCUACGACCAAGGCGUGGACGAGGGUUUCUGCGGAUUUGACGACGACUUCUACCCACCGCCCGAAGCCAUGACGGGCCGGGCGCCGCAGGCCCAGCCGGAGAGCGACGGCACGCCCGUUCGGCGGCCAGGCGCCGCCGUGGAGGAGGAGGACCCUGUGGAUUUCUGAAGGGAAGGACAUUUUCCGAAUGUAGCGCCACCGGCGGCGGGGCGGGUGAGCGGUCUGUCCAAGCGUGCAUGCCAGCAUGUAGGUGGAUUGCUGUUUGUGUGUGUGUGGAUUCCGUGGGCUAGAGUGUGCCCCCCUUCUCCUUUGCUAUGACCUUCGCCGGUUUUCACCACUGCAAAAGAUCCUCCUCCCACCUUCCUAAACACUGAUAGCAAAGUGCAGACGUUGUGAGAGAUAAGCGUCUAACGGGGCGUGAUACCACAUGGCAGAUCGGAGCAAUUGAACUGCUGCUUGGCACCCAGGACCAAAAGUCAGCACGUCUUCUUAUGGGAGGAAAAAGUGUUCAGUGAAAAAAAAAAAAAGUUUACCAGGAUAGGGCAAAAAAAAAAAAAAAAAAAAGAAAGAAAUAUGACGUUAUGUUUUAUCACUUUUAUGGCACACUUUGAAGUCAUUGGCUGAUGUUAAUGGCACUGAAAGAUGUGCAUUCACAGUUUAAAUGAAUUGGAUGUCUAUCGCUGUCAAUGGCAAGUAAUGAGUUAAAUACUAAGAAAUUUAAAAUCAACUUUAGAGUGUGAUUGAGGGCGAUAACCAGAUUGUAUAUUUUGAUUUUAUUAAUGUUGUUUUGAUUAACAUUUUAUAAAUAUUUUUUGUUGUUUUUUGUUAUUAUUAUUAUUUUUGGACCAAUUCAUUAUUUUCCCAAUUGUUGGUUAAUUUGUGCUAAUGUUUUGCUUUAUUAUUCAUAAUUAAUUGAAUUAUAAUCAAUUUAAGACAAAAAAUGCAGGAAUUUUAAAGUUUUUUUUGGGGUGGAUUCUUUUUAGAUUCUAUUUACAAUAAAUGUAUUAUGAGAUGAAUGUCAAAAAUACAAAUAAUUAGUAUACUUUGACUAAUUUGAGGAACGAAAUCUUAUCAUUUAAUAUUAGAUUUUACUCAGUUGUCAUCCAUAAACAUUGAAUUGUACUGUAACUGUAAAUGCAAUUUUACAUUUUACUGUACUAAAAUUUUAAUUUUCUACAUACAAUAAAUAGGGAAACAAAAUUAUUUGACUGAUUAAAAAAUAAUUGAACAAUAAUGGUCAUUAUUUAAAAAAAAAAAUUCUAUUGAUUUAAUUAUAAUUAUUUUAUUUUUUCAAAUGUUUAUAAUUUAUCUAGGCUGAUUAUUUACUAAAAUAUAUUCCAUAAGUAUUUUGUAUUAUUAUUAUUAUUAUUAUUUGAGUUAUUUUAUUUUAUUUAUAUUCAUAUUUAAUGAGCUAAAUUAAUCAUUACAACUGGGAAAAAGGAUAUGGGAAGUUGAUAACAAAUUGCGGGACAUUAUAAAUAUGUAUUAUAUACAAUGAAUCCUAAGAGGUCCAAAUUGAAGUUGUGUACUUCGCCCUCCCCUGGUUUUUAUCCCAAAUGAGCAAAAGGAAUGAACAGCAGGCCUUGAUGUUCUCACACUUUGUUCUGGGGCUUUGCUUGCGAUGAUGAUUAGUGCCUUCUUGUUCUGUCUUGGCCUGUUUUUGUUCUCCUUUUCGCUUACUGUUCAUGUUGCGUUCAAAUUGUCUGUCUGUGUUUGUUCCGUUCUGCACGUGGCACUAGAAGAAAAAUAAUACCUUUUUUUUAUUGCAAAGUAGACGUCAUUGCGUUAUAGUUCUUUGCGGUCUUUUCCGUCUGCAUGCCUUUUCAAAGAUUUUGUGCACUUUUCACUGCUUUCUUGUUGCAUUUUUGCAUUGCCACCACUUCAAAUCCUUUAUAAUUCUUGGAUUUACUUCUUCGGGGAUUUUAACUCUUAAAAGGCACACAUUUAACUCAUUGGCUGCCAUAGGCAGCGCUAGACGGCCAAUACAUUUGGACUGGGAGAGGCUGGUAGCGAAAUGCAGCCAGCCCCCCUAGUUUAAAUGAACUGGCGUUGUCAGUUGGCAGGUCAUGAGGUAAAUACUAUAAAACAAGCAAACAAACAAAUCAAAUUUAGAGUUGGAAGCCAUAACCGGUGUGUAUUUCUGUUUUAUUCAAUUGCAUUAAUUUUGUUUUUUAUUAUCAUUUUAUUAAUUUGUAAUUGUCAUUAUGUGAUGUGAUGUCCGCGAAGUUAUGUAUAUAUAUAUAUAUAUAUAUAUAUAUAUACAGUGGUACCUCUACAUACGAAUUUAAUUCGUUCCAGGACCUUGUUUGUAAGUCGAAAUGGUCGUAUGUCGAGCAGGAUUUUCCCAUAGGAAUACAUUAUAAUUCCAUUAAUUCGUUCCAAAGCCUAAAAACAUAUACUAAAUUCUUAAUAAAUACUGCUGGCACUGUUACAAAUGGCAAUUAAACAUAGAAAAACAAAUAAGUUAUAAAUAAAUAAUUCAGAAUAAUAUAAUAAUAAGAAGAAUAAUUAAUAAUUAUUCCUGUAAAUAAUGUAACGAAUCGGAUUCUAAUAUGGCGGACACUUUUUACUGUCCCUGAACGCACCGCGAAGCUGACGUCUCAGUGAGAUAGGUCGGUGUGGUAGAGAUAAUACUUUCGUUUUCUUGAGAGCAGUCAACUGCUUAAGACAAUGGGCGUUUUGUGUUGGAUAAGUUCUUAAAUAAAUGAUAAAAACGUGACGAAGCUGGCGAUUUCCUUGGCAAUGUUACCACAAUGAUAAUUGUCACCUUAACUUAUAAAUAGUGGCGAACGGUGGUCGGAAGAGGACCACGGAGCUGUAUUGUUGAGCCAGUUCAGGGACGCGCACCCCAAGCUCAUAUUUUUCUAUAACUUGCAUCUUCAUUUCAAAGGUAAGCAUCACUUUUUUCCUUGUUUCUCCAACUGUAUCAACUUUUUUUGAAAACUGUGUUGAUUUCUCACACAAGAAAAUCCACCGUGCGUUCGUUUGCAGUGCUGUCAUGUCGUCGUAUUUCGAGCAACUCGUCGGAUGUAGAAACAAAUGGCGGCUCAAAUUUUACGUCGGAUGUCGAAAAGAUCGUGUGUCGAAGUGAUCGUAUGUAGAGGUACCACUGUAUAUGUAUAUAUACAUAUCAGGGGUCGCAUUAACCGAAUAUUUUCCGUCGUUGACCGGUUUUUUAAAACGAUGACGGAAAAAAGUGAAGUCCAUCCGUCAUAUUGACUGGUUGCAAUUCACACCCCAGACCACAGGAUGGCGAGUGAGCAUAUUAAUUAGCUACUGUCUUUCUUGAUGCAUGACGUCGUUGGCCUUACUCGGAAAAAUGUCAAGGCAACUGAGUGUUUGCCUGGCACGGCCAGACUGUUCUCCCUAUAUUUUUCAAACACUGAGAGAAAAGUCUGUGACACAGCCUCUCGAGUAGUUACAAAAUCAAUCGACAAAUCAGAUUUGUUUAUUUGCAUGACGUGUUCUUCACGAGCAACGUCACUCUUGCGCGCCGAUAGUCGUCUCUACAACAACACGGAUGGCGAACGGGAGAACCAAGAAUAUGUUCCAAUCCGCGGUAAAAUCAGUUUUAAAUAAGCUAAAACACAUCGACACGAGACAUUGACAACAGUGUGUCUCGCGCUAGCCAUGUUGAAUAAACUCCGUUCUCCUCGUAUGUUUACUUCCGCGCGCAAGUCCCUCGUCCUGCCCUCGUCGCUUUGCUAACGGCACGUCUGCCCGUCGCUGAUUGGUGCACUCCGCUGUCUGUUUGCCUCUUGUUAAACUUGUUCGGACAGAAAAUUAAUUAAAAAUGAAUGAAAACUAAAUACUAUUGAAUAUGUCAUUAUUAUCAUUUUAAAAAUGUAAGUGACGGGUAAAAAUAGAUUAUGACCGGAUUUUUAUGACACUGUCAGUCAAAAUGACAGACAACGAAAAAGUCUAGCGCAACCUCUGAUACAUAUAUAUAUGUAUAUGUAUAUUUAUGGCGGAAAACACUCAGGUGACUUGAAGUACUGCUCUGAGACUGCUCUGAGACCCAACUUUCAAAAUUGUCCGAUAUGCAUGUGUGGUACAUCAUUGGAAAGCUUAAAAUCUCAAUUUUCUGGUGGAAGAAAAAUUUUGAACAGGUGGGAAUUUAAAAAAAAAAAAAGAAAAAAUUUUUAAACGGCAAAACCCUAUCUGAAAGUGAGAGCACGCGAGUGCAGAAUUACAAACGUGAGAUAUUAUCGCGUACUUACCUUGUUUCGAUCCAAAAACUCCAUGUAGCAUGUAUCACUGAGUGUCAAGACACAGCUGUGAAUGGCCACAGCUGGAUUAUUUUUGGGAUUUUAUAUAACAAGGGUCGCGAUGCAGAAAUCGCAGCCAUCGAGUGGUUGAGAUUUUCUUUUUCAUAUAUUUACCCUAUUAAACGUUUUUUUCCCCAAAUUUUUCUUUGUUUGGAUCGAUUAUUUAUCAUCUAACAUAUCGGAGAAAAUGCGACAGUAACAAAAAAAAAAAAAUUAAAAAAAAAUACAGUUAAGCGAUAGUUAUGAGGUAGAUAUCUGUGACUUUUUUACAGACGCCAUUUUUUUCAUUGUGACAUAAUUUUUUUAAAAGUUUAAAAUAUGCGAGUGAAUAAUUUUUUAAAGUCGUUUUUUUUUUUUUUUUUAAACAAAAUGUGAAACAUCAAUUAAUGAUUCUAAGCUAAAAACGACAGACAUUUUGAAUAAUAAAAAUAAUUAAUUACCUUCGUUUUAUGGCUGGGUUGAAACAAAAGCGGUUGCGCGACGUCUGUAAACGGGAGUUUUCAGGGUAAAACGGACAAAUUAAAAAUAGUUCGGGGGCUUAAUGCCCCAUGAAUCUGCUAUGGCAGCAUAUAGACAUAUUGUUCUAUCAAACAACAACAGUUGUUUUGGCUUAAAAUACUGCAGUUUCUUUUAAAGAGGAGUGCAAGAGCAGAAACUGCUUUUUCCGUCUUGUCUGUGUUUUCCGCCAUAUAUAUAUAUAUACAUAUACAUAUAUUAGGGCUGUCAAAUGAUUAACAUUUUUAAGUGAGUUAAUUACAGCUUAAAAAUUAAUCGUAAUUAAUCGCAAUUCAAACCAUCUAUGAAAUAUGCCAUAUUUUUCUGUAAAUUAUUGUUGGAAUGGAAAGAUAAGACACAAGAUGGAUCUAUACAUGCAACAUACGGUAUAUAAGUACUGUAUUUGUUUAUUAUAACAAUAAAUCAACAAGAUGGCAAUAACAUUAUUAACAUUCUGUUAAAGCGAUCCAUGGAUAGAAAGACUUGUGUUUCUCAAAAGAUAAAUGUUAGUACAAGUUAUGGAAAUUUCAUAUUAAAACCCCUCUUAAUGUUUUCGUUUUGAUAAAAUUUGUAAAAUUUUCAAUCAAAAAAUAAACUAGUAGCCCGUCAUUGUUGAUAUCAAUAAUUACACAAUGCUCAUGGGUGCUGAAGCACAUAAAAUCAGUCGCACCCAAGCGCCAGCAGAGGGCGACAAAACUCCAAAAAACACAAGUAACAAGUGGACAUUGCACUAUACUGUCAUUUUAAUCUGCUUGAGCGGUGCAUGUGCGUUAAUUGCGUCAAAUAUUUUAACGUGAUUAAUUUAAAAAAUUAAUUACCGCCCGUUAACGCGAUAAUUUUGACAGCCCUAAUAUAUAUACAGUAUAUAUAUAUAUAUAUAUAUAUAUAUAUAUAUAUAUAUAUAUAUAUAUAUAUAUAAUUUGCCAUAUAAAGGGUUAAAUUUUACACCAAUUGGACAAAACCAAUCCAAUUGAUGACUGUCCAUGUCUUUUAAUGAAUGGUUUCUUGAGGAACUCAUGUGUAACAGAGACACUGCCAGCCAUCCCAAUUCAAAUGGUUUGAACAUCUAUUGCUGUCAAUGUGACCCAAUGGGUUUAAAGGUAGGGUAGUGAGCACAUCAAGAAUUAAGAGGCCAAGCCUGAAAUCAAUCAAAAGGCCUUCCUUCUCACUCCCUUCAGCUGUAUUCUUUAGUUAGAAAAUUGUAUACCUUGUAGGGUUUAAGUCUGGAGUUGAUUUGAACCAGCAUUCAACCUUCAACUUUUUGCUGCUAAAUAAAGGAACACUAGGUAACUUUUUAGUUUUAGUUGAUUUUAGCGUCGCCGGUGGACAAACGGAGUAGUGUUUUGCCUCAAGGAAGACCGCGUUACCCAUGAGGAUCAGCGCACAGAGUCGUAAAAGCAUCAUCUUCCAGUCGCCUACAGAUGGAUUAAACGACAUUUUAUGUUUCUACCGGCUGCGUGAAGAAUAAUAAUGAGGUAAUGAAUUCAGUUUUGGCUAAACAAGAGCAUAUGACGAUAAUGAAAAUAACAAAUGUUUGAUUUUGUAACGUAUUCCCCCACCGGCCCUCUGCCCUCUUCCCCACCUGACAGCGGUGACAUGUUCGGUUGAAGGCAGGGAGGGCGGGGGGUGGGGGGGUGGGGGGUGUCACGCCAGCAAGUGAAAGCCGGGCCAAUGUUUAUUAUUGAGUGUCGUUUUAUCCUGGGAGCCUCCCUUUUUCUUUUUUCUCCUUGGACAAAACUUUUUGUCUUUUUGUCUCAAAUCUUUUGUUGCUCUGCCAUCUUUGUAGAAUUCGCGCGAAAUCGUCCGCAUCAACUUAUGAAUAACGAAUGAGGAAAGGGGGAAGUGACUGACGUAUGCUGUCAAACAAUAGCCACGUUUUUAGUUCUUUAAAUUAAGUUAAUUAGUGCCGGUGAAAGUGAUAUAGAACCCCUCAAGAUAUAAAAGAGGUGUCAUCCAACUAGUUCUCAGUCAACAAAUCAUCACAAAUGUAAUUUUUGCAAAGGUUGAAAAGUUACCUAGUGUUACUUUAAGCAGAACACAGACACAAAACAAUGAAAAGCAAAACAUUGAAUUGAAGCAAAAAGUGUGACACAAGAAAUUUUAACCCGGUCACCGCCCUUUACGGCAAUAGACGUCCAUUUAUUUGAACAGGGAAGGCUAGCAGCUAUAAUUUGUCAAAGGCAGUCAAUGAGUUUAAUACCUGUAAAUGUGGAAGCACCCCUUCCCUAAGUUGAACUGUAGUAAUCCAACUAUCAACGAUCACAAAGGCUUACGCUGCAUAGUUCUGAAAUUAAACACAUGGAGAAUGUACCAACCCAAAGUUGGAGAUUCAGCUUUUUGGUGGAGGGGUGGUGGUGGUUGGGGUUAGUGGUCGCCGCACCUUGUCCCUGUGCGCCCACUUUGCUGCAUUGUUCCCUUGUUAAAGGUGAAGCCUUAUUUAUCUAAUGCACUAAAUAUAAGGAUGCCACGCUGACCCCUGCCCUACCUCUGUUCAUGUCACAUGAUCACAAAUACACACACACCAUUUUCAUUUCAUGAUUAUAAAAGGCUUCGAAAUGGGCAGUAACAUGCCCCACCUUUGUACCUUAAUCACCUCUCAAGUCAGCCAAAGGCAGUUGCAGCUCAGCCAAAAUCACCAUCACAGAUUCAGGUGCCACCCAGCAUGAGAUGAUGGAUUGUACUAAAAUGGUAUUGGUGUGUGUUGAUGUGUGUGUGUGUCACUGAUUAUUCACUGCUAACCCUCCUACUUCAAAUGAUUUAACCUUUAUCACCGCCAAUGCCAGCAAAUGAGUUAAUGAAGCACAGGUACAUGUAGGCCACCCCCAGGAAUCAGCGAUGGACAUGACAUGAUUCCAUGAAGAACAAUUAAUCCUGAAUUCUGCAGUUUGAGAGUGGUUGUUCAGUGACCAUUAAAAAGCAACCUACAAUAAUAUCAUUAUUGUAUUCAUUUGCUUUAUAAGAAUUCAUUCAUUCAUUCAUUUUCCAUGCCGCUUAUUCCUCACGAGGGUCGCGGAGGUGCUGGAGCCUAUCCCAGCUAACAUCGGGCAGUAGGCAGGGGACACCCUGAAUUGGUUGCCAGCCAAUCGCAGGGCACAAGGAGACACACAACCAUUCACACACACACUCACACCUAUGGACAAUUUAGAGUGUUCAAUCAGCCUACCAUGCAUGUUUUUGGGAUGUGGGAGGAAACCGGAGUUCCCGGAGGAAACCCACGCAGGCACGGGGAGAACAUGCAAACUCCACACAGGAAGGCCGAAGCCCGGGAUUGAACCCUUGAUCUCAGAACUGUGAGGCAGACGUGCUAACCACUCAGCCACCGUGCCCUUUAUAAGAAUUUUCUUAUUAAAUUAUUUGCUAUACCAAAAUGCUGCGAAACAAUGUGAUUUAAAAAUUGAUGAACAUCAAUAUUGCCUUUGCAAUACUUGGGCAGAUUUAUUUGAUUUACAUAUUAAGUGUGAAACGGUAGGUUUGAAACAGAAGUGAUAUGAAGGAAGUUUAAACAAAGUCACAGACUUCAUAACCUAUUGACAUGACACGGGAAACUGGGCCGAUCCGUAGGGGGCCUAUUUUCAAAAACUUCAAAUUCAAAUAUUUUCAAAACCAAAGCUGCUACCGACCUAAAACCAAAACAGGCACCUACAUUAACCAGUCUCCAUGAGCAGCGGCAUCGAAAAAUUCAAAGUCGUUGCCUAAUAAAAUCCCGAUAAAUUAUUUUUUUAUAAGUAUAACAAAACUUAAAAUGUCUAUAAAAUUAGAACUAGAUGCACAAAAAAUCACCAAAUGCAAAACUCACUUCCUCGGCUUUACAAUCCAGUAGCAAUUUAAUUUUGUUAUGUUUUCGGUUUAAUUUAGCUAUGUCCAGUUUGCUAUGCUGAUAAAUGCGAUGUCUCUGAAGAAAGAGGUAGUGACGAUCGACCCGCCAUGAUAUUUACGUCAUCAGCCAACGCUUGCUUUCACAUACGCCUCGUCUGCGGAAAGUCCUAGACAGUAUACUAAGACCUGUUAAAUUUUCGCGUAAUCUCCGUGUCAGUCGACCCAAGAAAUUUCCCUGCCCGUUUCAAUCCCGGGAUUUUAACGAUGUUUAGAGGUAUGUGAAAGGGGCUAAAGAGAGAUCAACUGAUGUUUGUCUGCAUCUGUUGUAAAUUCUGUGUGAGGCAACAGAAUUUAAAAUAAAUAAAUAAAUAAAUAAAAUUAAAUUAAAAAGUGGUCUUCUUGUCAUUCUAUAACAAGCAGGGCAAACAGCAGCUGGUGUUUUCCCAUGACGUAGCGACAGAGAAGAACCAUACAGGUAAAAUGAAGUGUUCUUUACAUUGCCGAAUAUUCCGCAGACUGUUUUGAUCUUCACAGAAGGCGAUCGAAUCUGCAGUAAAGUCCCCUAUCGCAAAAUCACUGUUUACUCGGGGAACUAUACAAAAACACAAGUGCCAAAACAAAACACAGCCACACAUGCAAACACAAAAACACAAAGGUAACACACAUACAAAAACUAGGGCUGUCAAAUUUAUCGCGUUAAUGGGCGGUAAUUAUUUUUUUAAAUUAAUCACUUUAAAAUAUUUAACGCAUUUAAUGCAUACAUUGCCGCGAACAGACUACAAUGGCGUCAUUUUAUGUAUAUUGAGAGCUAAGGUAGAGGUAGAGUAUGGUAGAGAUAAGUGAGCGGAAUGGACACAGGCAUUCAUUGGGGCCACGCUAUUUUUUGGCAUAAGCUUUGGCAUCUCUUCCACAACAAUUCUAACUAUUGUGGUGAGCGACGUGGGGAAGAAUGACAGGAGAUAAUCUUUUUCUCAACACCCUGUAUUGAACACAACGCAGAGAAGAUAUUCCAUUUGCAGCCACCACUGACAGUCAUGGUUGCCCAACUUCCCAUCAUGCAUUUGGGCGAAACAUUAAGUCACUACAGUAUCAUUUACUGAAAGCACAACAAAAAUAAUAUUCCUAUCUCUCCCAAAAAAAUGUUCACAAAAAGAAAAGCGCUCAAUGCAAAGAGAACUGGCAUUCCCAAUCAAAAUAGCUAUGCAAAAUAAUACUCACUUUGGUCAAACUCUAUUCAAACAUUUUGUUUAGCUCAACAAAUACAUGGCAAUAUUUAGUCACAAUAUACAAACUAUCAGAGGUCUCGUACGUUGUGAAGUCAACACUCAAAUGAACGAAGGUACAAUGAACCCGGAAACUACGGCGUCAGUCGAGGGAAAAACUUGGCUAUAUCUCUAAUGAAUUUAAAACCCGCCCUUGACACCUUGUUGUGUAUUUCAAUCACUACCUUCCACAAUGGCGAGCUAUUAGUUUAUUUUUUUUAUGAAAAUUUUACAAAUUUUAUUAAAACGAAAACAUACAGAGGGGUUUUAAUAUAAAAUUACUAUAACUUGUACUCACAUUUAUCUUUUCAGAAUUACAAGUCUUUCUAUCUUUGGAUCCCUUUCACAGAAAGAAUGUUAAAAAUGUUAUUGCCAUCUUGUGGAUUUAUUGUUAUAAAAAAACAGACACAAUGCUUAUGUACAGUAUGUUGAAUGUAUAUAUCCUUCUUGUCUAUCUUUCCAUUCCAACUAUAAUUUACUGAAAAAUAUGGCAUAUUUUAGAGAUGGUUUGAAUUGCGAUUAAUUCCGAUUAAUUAAUUCUUAAGCUGUAAUUAACUCGAUUAAACAUUUUAUUUGUUUGACAGCCCUAACAAAAACAUGAAAAUAAAAGAGGUAGCAAACAUACAAAACCACAAAUACAAAAACCUUCCUUCCGCGCACGAACGAAACACUUGAAUCAUUUGUGGAGAAUUCCUGACAAAAUCCGUUUGAACUGCGAUUUGCAUCCGAACUAAAAUGGCCGGCAUUGGAAUAAUCAGGUUUCAAUGUCAUUGACGGCGAUAAACGUCCAAUACAUCUGAACUGGGAGGGACUGGCAGUAAUCAUUCCAUAAUUGAUUGACCGUUUAUUGCUGUCGCUGUCAGCCAAUGAGGUAACACCACCCUGUGAUCCCUGCGUAUUGAUGCGAAUUUGAAAAUCCUGCAGAAAACCUGAUGUUCUAAAUUAGACUGUUAAAAUGUGAACUAAAAGGCUCAGAUUAGAAUAGAACUUGACAGCCCUAACAAACGCAUACAAUUAUGCAAGCAUUCAGCAACAAUCAAUGCUAAUUGAUUGAACAAUUUUGUUGUCGUAAACAAAUUGUUCCCACUUCCUAGUUCAAGUUCCAUUGUGGCACUACAUGUAGCUAAAAUUAAACUGUUAAACUUUAAAAUCAAAUAAUAAAAAAAAAAAAGCACAUAGCAAGUAUUUUUCUACCGCAGCUACCAUAAGGAGGACUGCAAGUCUACGUAUUUUUACCAACAGUAGAAUGAUUGAGUUCAUUUAUAUAGAAGAAAAAAACAACCUCCAUAGUAUAGAAGGCAGAUGAGAAAAAGGACAGACAUGCAGAGAAUAUUUUAAUAUAAUUCCACCACAAAGAAUAAUGUCUCAUCCCACCCACCACACAUGUUCUUCCUGUGCUCGUGUGUUAUUUGGCUUCUCUUGCAGUAUACUCGAUAUUCCUUUUUCUCUACUCUGUUGUUUUUGUAAAAUGUCUGUGUUUUUAAACUGAUUCUUCUUUAUUGUGUGCGUGUGCGAGUUGUUCACUUGCUCUCGGGUGCACUUUUUGCUGCUGAGUUGUACUGUUGUUGUUUUCACGCAACAAUCAACGUUAUUUAUUGCAAAUACAAAAGAAAGAAAAAAAGUUAUGGUCUGGCUUUAUGUCUUAAAUCCAAUUGUUUAUUCGGGAUUUUUAAGCACAGGUAAUAUUAAAGAUAUAC